AAAGUUGCCAAUUAUUUGCAAGUCAAUACAGAUGCCGAUGAGUCAAUGAAGAAAUUUGUUUUGGCAUCUGUUGGAAAAAAAUGGAGAGAGUGGAAGGCUAGAGUUAAACAAAUGGGGUAUACGCCAUUCGACAACGAUGCUGAUAGGUUAACUCAUCAACCCGAAAGAGUACAUGAGCAUCAAUGGCGAAGCUUAGUCUAUUAUUGGGGCACUCGGAAGGCACAGAAAAAAAGUACAAAAAACAAAGAAAUUCGGAAGAAGAAGACAUUAAAUCACAUAACUGGCAGAAAACCAUUCUCAGUUGUUCGAGUAGAGGAAACUAAUAAGAAGAAUGGAGUUCUUGCAACUCGCUUAGAGGUGUGGAUGGCUGGGUACUCGAAGGAUAACAAACCAAGUAAUGAUAAAGUUGCUGAGGUCAUGACACAAAUGAAGGAUCUUGGGGCGCAAUCCAAUGCUACAGAUGAAGAAAUUAUCACACAGGUUCUAGGGCCUGAGCGACCUGGUCGUGUUCGAACAUACGGAUUGGGUCCUUCUCCGACAGAUGUCUUUGGAGGUGGAUAUAGGCAAUCGUAAGAACAAACUCGUAUCAUCCAAAUGCAAGUCCAAGAGCAACUUAACCAAUAUAAAGCACAAAUGGAGAUGCAAAUGAAAGAGAUGAUGGAUGCUAUGCUUAAUCAACAGAAAGUACAAAUGGAGAUGCAAGGCACAAUCAAAGCUCAACAAGC